UGUGUUGACGUGUGUUUGACUGAACCGGUCGGGUUUGUUGAAGGAAUGGUCUAGACAUCAGUAUUGUGAGAUAUUGUUGCUGUAUGACGUGUCGUCCUGGUGUAACAGCAUGAGUGGCCAGGAGGUGUCGCUGUUGCUCCAGGAGUGUCUGAGGCGCGCAGUCACCGGACCACAGGGAGACACCGACACCGUGACGCUCCCGCACCCCCGCGGGCCGUUCCCCGAUGACCUGCACACGCUCCUGCAGGAGGCGGCGGACAGAAAGUGGCCGUUCGUGGAGGAGAAAUGGCAGUACAAGCAGUCCGUGACGUCCGCGGACAAGAUGAACUCGUCGGACCUCGUCGGGAAGCACCUGCCGCAGUUACUGGUGUUCCUCAGAGACCGCAUCACAUCUGGCGAGCCGCGGUUGGCCGUCGCCGUCGUGUUUCUGCUCGACCGGCUUCUGUAUUGGAUGGACGGAUCACAUGUCCUGCUGAAGAUUGCUAAAGCGUUGCACAAACGUUACCCGGACGUUCCCAUCGCCCCCCAGGUCAUCAUUAGACAGGCUCGGGUCUAUCUGAACACCGGUAAACUGCAGAAGGCCGAGUUCAUUCUCAGCAGUCUGAUCAGCAGUAAAGCUUCAACAGGCUGCUGGCCGUAUCAGAAGGCCAGUGACCGCACGCUGGUGCAGGCCGUCAGUCUUCAGGUGCGAGGACAAGUGCUUCAGACACUCGGUCUGUGGCUUGAGGCUGCUGAACUCAUAUGGGCGUCUCUGAUUGGCUUUUACGCUCUUCCACAACCUGAUAAAAAGGGCAUUGGGACGUCCCUCGGGCUCCUGGCCAACACACUGACCUCCAUGAACGACAGAGACUUCACUGCGCUUCAGGAAAAGCCCCACAUUGACCUGAGUUUCCUGGGAGAGACUCGGCAUCGUCUGCUGUGCGCGGCGCGGGCCGCUAAGAUGGCCGUUGUGUUCAGCCAGUACGGGCCUCUGUACGUCCUGACCAAUGUGGUCGCCCAGGGCAUUUGUUUACUAUCCUACAGUUUCUCCAAGAAAUGCCCCAUGGAGGAUCAGCAAACGUACCUGGCUUUGGCCAAGGAGGCCUUUGAGAUCGGCUUGUUAACAAAGACUGCAGGAGACGCCGUCACCAGCAAGCUGGAGUUGCACACAUUCCUCAAAGCCGCGUAUUGCUUAGCCACGACACACCGAUGGAUUAGCGGCGAAUCCGAGACGGUCCUCGCGGCGACCGGCGUCUGUCGGGAAGCCUUGACGUUAUUUGUCGAGUAUUGUGCACGAGCGGAUUCCUCUUUGUGUGCUGAGAUCAUGGCGAGGAUACAGCAGAUUAAGUCCUUGUUGAAAGUUGAAACCUUCCGUAAUUCCGAUGCACGCUCUUUUAUUCCCGAUAACUACCGUUCAAUGGAGUUCGGCGCGGUUUUGUUCGCGCUCAGCGAUUUUGACAAGGCGUUGGAUGUUUUUGGGAAGCACCACAAGUCGGUUUGUGAGGCGUUCGAGAAAGGCGUUCGAGGCGAUCCGUGUUCGACUCAUUCUCAAUGCAUAACAGCAUUUCAGACGGACACAGAAGUUCUUCCAACAGCCGAUCUUUCGAAUCCGCUUUCCUCCAAACAGAAUCCAUCUAGCAGCGGAUCUUUAGUUAUAGUUGAUCAGGGUUGUGAUGAACGAAGCAGUUUUGGAUCUUUUGAGGCUCUUGAUGGAGGUAAAGAAGCAAAUGUCGUCUCUCCAAGCGUUCCAGACAACUUUAGACACAACAAAGGAUCCCAAACUCAAUCCACACCAAAGCUAGUGCCCGUCUUAACUGAAGGUGUUGAGGAUAACGUACCAAAUACAUCAGGAACCCAAAGGAGAGACCUUCGGAAGAACCUGGAAGCAAGAACGUCUUCGAGUUCCUCGUGGGAACACGUAUCGGGAUCGUCUCAGAGCGGCGUAGAAACCACAGAUGAUGAUGUGGAGCAAAGCAGAUUCGGAUCUUAUCAGGGUCUUGAUGACCAUAGCAAUGGAAGUCGAGAAGCAAACGUCAUCUCUCCAAGCGUUCCCAACACCUUUAGACACAACAAAGGAUCCCAAACUCAAUCCCAACCAAAGCUAGAGCCCGUCAUAACUGAAGAUGUUGAAGACAACGCACCGAAUACAUCAGGAACCCAACGGAGAGACCUUAGGAAGAACCUGGAAGCAAGAACGUCUUCGAGUUCCUUCAGCAGCGGCUCCUCGUGGGAACACGGAUCAGGACAAUCCCAGAGCGGCGUAGAAACCACAGAUGAUGAUGUGGAGCAAAGCAGAUUCGGAUCUUAUCAGGGUGUUGAUGACCAUAGCAAUGGAAGUCGAGAAGCAAUCUCUCCAAGCAAUCAAAGUAGCGUUCCCAACAACUUUAGGUACGACAAAGGAUCCCAAUCUCAAUCCCAACCAAACCUAGAGCCCGUCACAACUGAAGACGUUGAGGAGAACCUAACGAAUACAUCAGGAGCCCAACGGAGAGACUUUCGGAAGAACCUGGAAGCGAGAACGUCUUCGAGUUCCUUUAGCAGCGGCUCCUCAUGGGAACGGGUAUCGGGACAAUCCCAGAGCGGCGUAGAAACCGUGGAAGACCCUGAAGAUCCUUCCCAUGACGGCAAUGAAAUCAAUAAAGGUGCCAAGUUUGGUGGGAGCACUUCCUCGUUUUCCCUGUGCGAUAGCUUCGGAUCGCACUCAUCUUGGCAAAAACUGUCCGUGAGCCCCGUCGCUAAUGUAGAGCGCCUUGAGCUAACGCACAAGAAGAAAGCGUUCCCGCAACAGAUUCAGGAAGGCCCAGGAACGACCACCGAGAGCGACCCGUUCGAGGAGCUGGGGUUUGAGCAUCUAUCGGACUCUGCGGGAGACGACGAGCCGUUGUGCAACGGGUGCUUCAGGAACUGCAUCAUGGGAAGUGGCGUUCUGACGGGGCGUGACUAUCGAGCGCUCUUGGCUGGAGUUUGUGAAAGCUGCCUCGUCCAGCGGCUCCCGAACACCCCGCUGAAACCCCUGGACCGCACGCAGCUGGAGAAGCCCUACGAUGCCAUCGUCCUGAAGUACUCGAAGGCCUCUGGCCUCUGGAUGGGCUGCGAAACCAGCGUCUAUAUUGGGAAACCGAUGGGAGUCAAAGGCAAACAGAGACAAGCCAUUGAGCUUCAGUACCUCCACCAGGAGCAGCUUCUCAGCAGUUAUGUAGGGAAGGAGUACCUGAAGAAUAAAGGUCUUCACGCGCACCUGGACGACGUGGAGAGACAGAUGACGGCACAAUACUACGUCACCGAGUUUAAUAAGCGCCUGUAUGAUAAUAACAUCACAACCCAGAUCUUCUUCAUCCCCUCUGAAGUGCUGCUGGUUCUGGAGUCGCACCGUAUCCUGACCUGUUUAUCUGCGGAGCCGUUCAUGUCCGGGACGUUUGUGAAGCUCACCAACAACGCAAGAGGAAAAGCGGAGAGCGACGCGACCCAGUACGGCAUCGCCUUCGGUCAUUUCACCUACGAGUUCUCCAGGCGUCAGGAGGUGGUGGUGGAUCUGCAAGGGUGGAUCACAGCCAGCGGGAAGGGUUUGACGUAUUUGACCGACCCCCAGAUUCACUCGCUCAGAAAGCCCAGAUCCAGCAACUUCCAGCAGACGGGAAUCAACAACUUCAUCAAACACCAGCACGGAGACGACUGCAACGAGAUCUGCCGCGCCGCCCGGCUCACACACAUCACACACAACACACACUAUAAGAAUACCACACAGUCAUGCUUUACAGCUUAAUUCUGUUUCAUGACAGAAAAGUCAUGAUCGAUGAUGCGAACUUCAUCAAACAU